AUGACCGUCUCUGGGUGCGGCAGCCCGGCCACGACCGUGCUGUUGGGAGCAUUCCUGAUGCUUGCAGGCGCAAUAGUCGGUGGCGCGCUGCCGCUCUACGUGGGAAUUACUGGCAACGGAGCAGACCUGACGUCAGGUGUCGCUGCCGGUUGCUUGGUGGGUUGUGUACUGGGGGUCAUUCUCCCAGAGGCAUUCCAUGUUAUCCAGGAUAUGCACAAACCCAGUGGCGAACAAGAUUCUGAACACCAAGGGGAAGGGGUUGAAGAGUGGCUGAUUGGUAUCAUUCUGAUUGCUGGAUAUCUGGGAAUGUUGGCUUUAUCGAACUUGUUGCCUCAUUCACACACAUCCAGCCACCAAAUUGGUCUAAAUACAGGACUUCAUGGCGCAGCAAAAGAAAAAAAGGGAGUUGGUAUGAGAAGGUUGCUUGUCGGAUUGGUUGCCCACUCAGUUGCUGAUGGCCUUGCUGUGGGAGCAGCUGGAUUGGCAAACAAUGCUUGUGUGACAUUGCUGGUGGGUGUUGCAAUGGUUCUUCACAAAGGCCCAGUUGCCUUUGGCUUCACUACCUACCUCUUAUCUACAGGGGAAAGCAAGCCAGCCAUUCAACAAGGGCUGCUGAUAUUCUCGGUGGCAUCCCCAGCGGCAGCCAUCAUUACGUACGGCCUGCACGAUUGGGUCCCAGCCUUACAAGAAGCCAACAACAUUGGCUUGGUCAUGAUCUUUUCAGCUGGCAGCUUCCUUUAUGUUGCCUGCUCACAUGUUUUGCCAGAGGUGGCACACAAAUCAGGGUCGUUGUCAAGUGGCCAACUCACGGCCAUUUUCUUGGGUAGUUUGUUGCCCCUUCUUUUGUCGUCUUUUGUUGGCCAUGGCCACUGA